AUGAAUAGAAUCUCAAUUGUAGUAGCACUCCUUCUCGGAAUCGCUAUGGCUCACAGAGUUGACCAACCUUGCAGAAGAAAGUCAACCAAACCAAUUCACCCAGUGUUGAAGUCUGCUCCUCUCCAAGACUAGGCACUCCCAGACAACUGGAUUUGGAACAACGUUAAUGGAGUCAACUACCUCACUAACUUGAAGAAUCAACACAUUCCUCAGUACUGUGGUUCAUGCUGGGCUCAAUCUGCUACCUCAGCUUUCUCAGAUAGAAUCAAGAUUGCAAGAAAGGCUCAAUGGCCAGAUAUCAACAUCGCUCCUCAAGUAGUUAUCUCAUGUUCAAUGAAUGACGAUGGAUGCCAUGGUGGUGAGGCCCUUUCUGCCUUCGAAUUCAUGCACAAUAAUGAAGUCACUGAUGAGACCUGCUCAAUCUAUCAAGCCAGAGGUCAUGAUAAUGGUAUCGAAUGCGCUCCAAUUACCAUGUGCAAGAACUGUCAACCAGGCUCUGACUGCUUUGUCCCAGACCAAUAUUACACUUACAGAGUCGAUGAGUUCGGACAAGUUUCAGGAGAACAAGCUAUGAUGCAAGAGAUCUACCAACGUGGACCAAUUGCUUGUGGUAUUGCCGUGCCAGAUUCCCUUGAGGCCUACACUGGAGGUAUCUAUAAAGACACUACUGGUGACACAGACAUCGUCCAUGAUAUUUCAGUAGUUGGAUUUGGUGUUGAGAAUGGAACCAAGUAUUGGGUAGUUAGAAACUCAUGGGGUACCCACUGGGGUGAAAGUGGAUUCGUUAGAGUCAUCAGAGGUGAAAACAACAUCGCUAUUGAGACUGAUUGCGCUUGGGCCACUCCUCUUGAUACCUGGAGCAACAAGACCAUGCAUCACACAACUGAUGCUGAGAAGAAGGAUCCAAAGAACGCAAAAUACGUUAAGAAUGGACCAUACCCAGAAAGAACAGCCGACGAAGUAUUCUUGGCCAAGGACCACAAGACUUGCAAGAGAGUCCCACAAUCUGCCAUCAUUAAGGGAACUCUUAGUGAGCAGAAACCAGCUGUUAUGCCAUGGGAUGAACUCAAUGCCAACACCCUCCCCGCCAACUGGGACUGGAGAAAUGUUAACAACACUAACUUCCUUUCAUGGAACAAGAACCAACAUAUCCCAAUCUAUUGCGGAUCAUGCUGGGCUCAAGGUACUACUUCAUCACUCGCUGAUAGAUUCAACAUUCUCUUGAAGGAUCACAACCCAACUCCAAUUGAUCUCUCUGCUCAGACCAUCAUCAACUGCCAAGCUGGAGGUUCAUGCAACGGUGGUGACCCAUCAGGUGUCUACGAAUAUGCCUUCGAAACUGGUAUUCCAGAUGUUUCAUGCGAACAAUACGUUGCCAAGAACUCACAAAAGGACACAUGCGGACCAAUGGACAUCUGCAAGGACUGCAGAGGACCCCCACCCGCUGAGGGAGAUGACGGACAACAAAACUGCUGGGCUGUUGACUACAAGAAGUACUACGUUUCAAACUACUACGGUCUUUCAGGUGCCGACAAGAUGAAGGCUGAAAUCUUCAAGAACGGACCCAUCUCCUGCGGUCUUAUGGUUACUGACGGAUUCGAAGCCUACAAAGGUGGUAUCUAUUCAGAGAAAAGCUUCUGGCCAAUGAUCAACCACGAAAUCGCCGUCGUCGGAUGGGGACUUGAUGAGGCCACAAAGACUGAGUAUUGGAUUGGCAGAAACUCAUGGGGAACUUACUGGGGAGAUUUUGGAUUUUUCAAAAUCGAGAUGCACAAGGACAACCUUGCUAUUGAAACUGAUUGCACAGCUGGUAUCCCAUCAUUCACCAAGCCACAAAAAUAACACUUCGAACUCAUCCAAUGA